AUGCCCCCAAGAAAGGGCAUCGUUAAGUCGGGAAACGCGGGUAACUCGUCUAAGCCGAGUGCUUUACCUGCACCGCCUGCAGAUGAGAAGGAGAAGCCGCUCUUUCCUCCGGGUUCGAAGUAUCCUCUCAGUCUACUCCAAGAAAGAUGUAAGAAGAAUAACUGGGAAAAGCCAAUAGUUGACACCCGGAAACGUGAUAAUGGAUGGUCAUUCGUCGUCACAUUGAGUCAAAUUGUGUACAAGAAGGGUACAGGACAAGAGCGUGAAUCUGUGCGCCUAGAGCCACACCCGCCCUAUACUCGUCCCACAGCGAUUGAAGCAAGGCAUUGGGGAGCAACUUACGCUCUAUAUCGGAUAUGUAACGGGAUACAGCUGAAUCGUGUACUCCCUCCUGGACCUCGCGAAUAUUGGAAUGAGCUAGCUGACGAGCACAGGAAAGUCGAAGAGCACCAAAAGUGGAUGUAUGAGAGCGAUCCGUUUGCGGCACGAAAAGCAGUCGAUGGACGACAAGCAUCAGCUGCGAAGAGAAAAGAGGAAAAAGAGCAGGGUAGCAUUCGUCCCUCAGCGACUGCUACGAAGGAAUCCAUAGAAUUUGCGAAUGCACCGGAGGUGAAGAUGGCCAGCGAUCUUCGGGAGCUCGUCGAGAGCUCUAUCAAAAAGGCCAUCUUGCUUUAUCCCAAAGCAGAAGACGCAGUUCCGCUUGUCCUGACCGAGGACAACUCGCCUGCCAUCCUUCAGCAACUUAUGGCUAUAGGCUUCACACGCCCACAAGCUCGAGAUGCUGUAGCUUAUCUCUCUCAACCAUCCCCCUUGACCUCCAGCCUUCUACAAUCAGCCGCACCCCUGCAAGCUUGUGUUGAAUACCUCGUCCUGCACGUUCCGGAGUGCGAUCUCCCACAACGUUUCUUACCUUCCGCUAACUCGUCCAAUUCAUUUGUCACCUCUGCACAUGGCGGUGGUGACGAUAUCAAGAAACGCUGGGUCGAAGAACGGGCAGUCAAAGAAGCAGGAUGGCCUGUCAAGGCUGUGCGCGAAUGCUUGAUGGAUUCUCGUCUUGUGGAAGAUUGGGCACUUCUCACCGCGGCUCUCAACAAACGAUUACUAGGAGACGACUGGACUGCAGUCUUCGAUCGCGACCUCUCUAGCGAUGUGAUAGACCUCAUCACUCAGGACGACAUCGAGUCGAUUGGCGCCUCUUAUGCAGAAGACUCUGUAACGCUUGUCAUGCCAAUGUUCGCUGCGCCACUCCAGCUGAACUUUGUCAUUCCACCUUCCUUCCCAUAUAACAUAUCCACACAUCCUCCUCCCAUGUAUAUCACGUCUACAUCCAUGCCGGCGUACGUCCGCCUCCAUUUACUGGCCCACCUCCUCAACGCUUUCAAGAACGGAACUAUCCUCCAACUUGGGCUUGGCCUAUGUUUAGGAACUAUGCAGAUCGUCGAGGAGCAAUGGGGCACUAUAGAAGACCAAGGAUUUCCAGAUAUAUCCCUUGUACUGCAGCAUCUCAUUCCCCAACCCACCAGCCUGCCUUUGGACCAGGGUGUACCAGACACAACCGGGCCCGCUACAGAUCGGAACAAGAGGCGAGACGGAGGAAGACAAAGACGUGAUAUGCGGGACGAUGCGAAGAUCACAGAGGAGUUCAAAGCCAUGCGGAACUCGCAUAAAUACUCAGAACUAUUCUCUCUCCGCAAGAAGCUACCUGCUUUCGCCUCGAAGGACGAGUUCUUGUCUAUGUUGGAGAAGUCCCGAGUAGUCGUCGUCGUAGGAGAAACCGGUUCUGGGAAAACAACACAAUUGCCACAAUUUAUCUUAGAUUCGUUGAUUCUCAGUGGCCAAGGUUCCAAGGCAAAUAUCCUGAUCACCCAACCGCGUCGAAUAUCUGCGAUCUCGGUUGCUGCUCGCGUAUCAGCGGAGCGCGUCGACGACGGUUCCGUUGGUUAUACAAUUCGCGGUGAAAGUAAACAAACUGAGAAGACGAAGUUGCUCUUCUGUACAACCGGUGUGGUCCUUCGUAGAUUGAGCGUCGGUGACGGGUUGAAGCACGUUACUCAUGUCGUUGUGGAUGAGGUCCACGAACGUUCGGUUGACGGCGACUUUCUACUUCUUGAACUGAAAGAACUGCUUCAUACACACCCAACACUGAAGGUCAUCCUCAUGUCCGCGACAAUAAAUCAAGAGACGUUUGUGAAGUAUUUCAACGGAGCCCCUCUGCUCAGCAUACCGGGCAUGACGCAUCCAGUCACCGAUAAAUAUCUUGAAGACUAUCUGCCAUCUUUAAGCUAUCGUGCUCCUCCAUCGAAAGGUCCUCGAAAGCGGGACGAGGAUGAACAAGACGCCCAGGCACAAUACAUCUCUAGUGGUUUAUCUGAACAAAAUGCACUCGCGAUUCAAUCGAUAAUGCGUUCCGACCGGCUAGACUACGAGCUCAUAGCUGCUACCGUCAAUCAUAUCAUUGCAACCGCGGAAAGCCAAGGUGGCAUCUUGGUAUUCCUUCCUGGUGUGCAAGAAAUCAGACAAUGCAUUGAAGCCAUCCGCUCGAAAAUCUCUUCCGGGAUGGCCUCCAUAUUUCCUCUCCAUGCCAAUCUCUCCAGUGACGAACAACGCAUAGUCUUCGCCCCGACCUCAAAGUGGAAGAUUGUAGUGACCACCAACGUGGCGGAGACAUCUAUCACGAUUGACGAUAUCACCUUUGUGGUCGAUACUGGAAAGGUUAAAGAAACACAGUACGAUCCUGAUAGUGGCCUCACCAAACUCAUAGAACAAUGGGUAACGAAGGCCGCUGCUAAGCAACGCCGUGGACGCGCCGGUCGCACCAAGCCCGGAGUUUGCUACAAACUGUUCACGCGACGGCAAGAGAAAAAGAUGGCGGCGUUUCCGAAGCCAGAAAUUCUUCGGGUUCCUCUAGAGAGUAUAUCUCUGUCUGUGAAAUCUGCUCGUGAACACGAAGAUGUGAAGGCGUUUCUGAGCCGUGCCAUCGACCCUCCGGACGUCGCCGCGAUUGACAAGGCGUGGUCAGUACUCGAAGAACUGGGAGCUGUUGACGAGAAUGGAGAUUUGACGGCCCUAGGCCGCCAUAUGGCCAUGCUACCCGUUGAUCUCCGGUUGGGCAAGAUGUUGAUUCUCGGUGCCAUCUUCCAGUGCCUUGGUCCUAUCCUAACAAUCGCCGCGGCUCUCUCCUCCAAACCCAUCUUUCUCAACCCUAUGGACAAGCGUGAUGAGGCCACACAGGCACGAUCACGUUUCGCGACAGAGAAAAGUGAUAUCUUGACGGAUGUGCAUGCAUACGACGAAUGUAUCCGGCUACGCUCGGAAGGCCAAUCAGCCCAUGCAAUUCGGGUUUUCUGCGAGCAGAACUUUAUCUCCGCCUCCACAAUCCGUGACAUCACCACACUUCGACACGAACUCUUUUCCUCUCUAACCUCCCUCUCCCUCUUGCCUCCCUCAUCUUCCCCAAUUACACCCACCCUAAACACGCAUAGCAACUCGCCUUCCCUCCUCAAAGCGAUCCUACUCGCCGCUCUGUAUCCUCGCGUCGCACGCAUCGCCCUCCCUCGCGGAGCACUUAAAUUUGAUCAGGUCGCGGCGGGCACCGUGGCGCGAGAGAACACGGCGAAGGAGUAUAGGGCGGCAGAUAUGAAAGGACAGAGAGUGUGGGUGCAUCCGGCGAGUACGAUGUUCGCCGAGAGGGCAUGGAAAAGCGGGAUUGUGGUUUCAUUCAUGAGAGUCGAGACGGGAAAGUUAUUCUUACGGGAUGUGACAGAGGUUCCGUUGUAUGCGCUCCUGCUCUUCGGAGGGCGUAUUACGAUUAAUCACAUUGGCGGCGGGAUCGUCGUUGGAGGACAAGAGGGCAUCAUGAAACUCAAAGCCUGGCCCCGCAUCGGCAUUCUCGUACAACAACUACGACGCCUACUCGACGUUCAGCUCAUGCAAUUCGUACGAGAUGGGACGACGCUAGAUGUGGGAAGGAAGAACCCGGUGAUUGAGGCCAUGUUGGCGCUUUUAGAAGGGGAUGGGUUGACCGCCAACUGAAGCUCUCAUCUGCCGUGUAUACCUAAUUCUCAAGGACACUUUUGCAACAUGCACGCCUGCCCCUCGCCAAACGAGUUGAGCUCAAGCCCUCUGAUCCAUCCACUUUCAAACGCCGCAGGAGAGGCCUGGUUGCGUUCAUCCGAAAAUUGAUGUGACAUCCUAUCAUUUGUGUCACCUCAUGGGGUUCCUUGAACCGCGAGAAUUUGCGUGCCCUCUUUACACUGUGCGGAUAGACACUCCAACUCGCUCGCAAAGCUAGCGGCGCUAUCGUCGAGGCGAGACGUAUUAUUUACCAUGCGUUUUUAUUUCAAUCUUUUUCGG